AUGGGCGCAGUGGCGCGAAAUUUAGUGUUCUACGUAGCUCUACCUUUGUCUUCAACUCUAAAUUCAAAAAAAAAAAGAAUUUAUGAUAUUGAAGAGCAAAGGUAUUUCUUCUUGGAGCAGGAAAACUUCAUCAGAGUCUCAAUAGUAAUUCACUCAACCUACUUUGGGAUCACUGUGAACAAUUAUUGGACCAAACUCUACGAGUUCCGAAUGUCACCAGAGCGAAUCGCCAACCUCCGGAUCAAAGGAGCUCCGGUGACGGAGCUCGUGAACCUGUUGCCACCAUACACAGAAGCGACCUACCAGAAAAAGGAUGAACAAAUUGAAGAUAAAUAG